AUGGGUGGCAUCUCAGCAGUUCUUCUCAUUCUCAUCACUCUCUUCUUUCCUCCCAUCGGUGUAUGGGCCAUCUCAGGAUGCGGAAUGGAUCUGUUCAUUAACAUUUGCUUAACCCUCCUGGGUUACAUUCCCGGCCACAUCCACGCCUUUUACCUCGAAUACAUCUACUUCGACCGCAAAGAGCAGGCCCGCGAGGGCCGUCUCGCUACCGGACCCGCGCCUGGCGUGUACUCUGAUAACGUUCAGACUGGAGGUCAGGGAUAUGGAACUAUUGGACGCACUGGUUAA